AUGGGCGAAAAGACGAAACGCUCUGCGAUCUUGGUGCAGACGCUGGCAACCAUGAGCAUUGCCUAUCUGACCGGGCUUACUGGCUUCAUCUACGCCUGGCCUUCGUACACCAUCGAAAUCUUCACCACAAACAAGACGGUUCUAGAAGCAGAGAUGUCGUCUACUGAAAUCUCGCUUUUGGGAAGUCUGACGAACAUUGGGGGUCUCAUGGGGACACCGCUCUGCGCUCUGUUGAUAGACAGAAUCGGGAGGAAAUACUCGGCGAUGCUGUUUGGAUUGCCUUACGUGAUAUCCUGGUUAAUAAUAUUACUUACCAAAUCAAUAAAUCUAGUGCUAUUUAGUAUUUGGUUCGCGGGCUUUGGCGCUGGUGGUCAAGCCAUUACGUCCGUCUACAUAUCUGAGAUUUCGCAAGAUUCAAUAAGGGGUGCUCUCACAUCUUCGACGGUCUCGGGGUUCUUCAUCGGUCUACUGUUCUCGUACUUCUUGGGAGGACAGCUAACUUAUCAUCAAGUAGUGUACGUUCACUUGGCGAUGUCUGUACUCUAUAUUCUGCUGUUGAUGCUGAUAAAAGAUUCACCUGUAUUUUUAGUAUUAAAAGGACGGGAGCAGGAAGCAGCUGAAUCAAUAGCGUUCUACAGACGAGUAAAAGUAAACUCUAAACUUGUGGAAGUAGAAUUGAGGAAGAUAAAAAUGCAACUCGAUCCACGACUUGACAAAAUCCUUCAAGCCGACGAAGAUCCUACCUCUGCUAAAGAGUUAUUGGAGAAACCAGCUACGGAACCACGAAAAGAAUCUUCAUGGAAAUUCUUAAUAAGCUCCGAGUCUUCGAAAGGCGCGUUAUUCGCAGUAAUUUUCUGCAUGGGAAUUUCUAUUCUCAUGGGUGCUAUAGUACUACAAGUGUAUGCAGAGCCCUUGUUCAAAGAAGCUGUGCCUACGAUGCAUCCCAAUCUCUGCUCUAUAUUGCUAGCAGUAGAUUAUUUAGCUGCCGCGCUAGUCUGUGCCUCCGUCAUUGAUCGAUUUGGAAGGAAGAGUUUAAUGACCGUCACUGCCAUUGCAUCGGGCGUGUUCAACAUUCUUCUGGGAUCACAACUUCACUUCCACUGGGCCCCACAUUGGUUCACAGCCUUCGUAAUUUACGCUUAUAGCUUCGUCUUCAAUUUGGGAGUUGCUGUCGUGCCUUUCGUUUUAACAGCAGAGGUGUUCUUGCCAGAGGUCCGAGGUCUCUGCAGCAGCCUUUCAAUGGUCUGUAUGUGGGUUAUGAACUUCGUCACGUUAAUAAUAUUCAACCCACUAGUAGAUUAUGUUGGUCUGGGCCCAACUUUCUACUUCUUCGCGAUUAUUUGCUUCGUUGGAGGAAUCUACAGCCAGCUCUGGCUUCCGGAGACCAAGGGAUUAUCGGUGGAUGCGAUACAACGUCUGUUUAUAAAGAAGAAGAAGCAAGACUCUUAA